AUGUCUUUCCAACCAACCCAAAUUUUUGAGGAGGGCACCACCGAGGAGAAGGGUGAGAAUGCUCGCCUUGCCGCCUUUGUUGGUGCUAUCGCCGUCGGCGAUCUCGUCAAGAGCACUCUUGGUCCCAAGGGCAUGGACAAGAUUCUACAGUCAGCCUCCACCGCCGAAAUCAUGGUUACCAACGACGGUGCCACCAUCCUGAAGUCGAUCGCCCUCGAUAACGCCGCCGCAAAGGUUCUCGUCAAUAUUUCAAAGGUUCAAGAUGACGAAGUCGGUGACGGUACCACAUCCGUUGCUGUCCUCGCUGCCGAGUUGUUAAGAGAGGCAGAGAAGCUGGUCGACAAGAAGAUCCACCCCCAAACUAUUAUUGAGGGUUACAGAAUAGCGAGCAAGGCUGCAUUGAAGGCUUUGGAAGGCUCGGCCGUCGACCACAGCAAGAACCCCGAGGCGUUCCGCCAAGACUUGCUCGCUAUCGCGCGAACAACUCUUAGCUCAAAGGUCCUCGCUCAGGAUCGCACGCAGUUUGCCGAAUUGGCUGUCGAUGCUGUCCUCCGACUUAAGUCUUCAGACCUAAACCACAUCCAAAUCAUCAAGAAGGCUGGAGGUAAACUGAGCGACUCUUAUCUUGACGAGGGUUUUAUUCUGGACAAGAAGAUCGGUGUCAAUCAGCCCAAGCGACUGGAGAAGGCCAAGAUCCUCGUGGCCAACACUUCUAUGGAUACUGACAAGGUCAAGAUCUUCGGUGCCCGUGUCAAGGUCGGCUCUACAAGCAAACUCGCCGAACUCGAAAAGGCUGAGAAAGACAAGAUGAAGGCCAAGGUAGAGAAGAUCAAGGCCCAUGGUAUCAACUGCUUCAUAAACAGGCAACUCAUUUACAACUGGCCCGAGCAGCUGUUCACCGAUGCUGGUAUCAUGUCAAUCGAGCACGCCGACUUUGACGGAAUCGAGCGUUUGGCCCUGGUGACAGGCGGUGAGAUCGCCUCCACCUUUGACCACCCCGAGCAGGUCAAGCUUGGUCACUGCGAUACUAUUGAGGAGGUCAUCAUUGGUGAGGACACCCUUAUCAAGUUCUCCGGCGUUGCCGGUGGAGAGGCGUGCACAAUUGUUCUCCGAGGUGCCACAGAACAGCUCCUCGAUGAGGCUGAGCGAAGUCUCCACGAUGCUCUUGCCGUUCUGUCCCAGACUGUCAAGGAGCCCCGAACUACCCUUGGUGGUGGCUGUGCUGAGAUGCUCAUGGCCAAGGCUGUUGAGGGUGCUGCUACACGAGUUGAGGGUAAGCGACAACUGGCUGUUCAAAGCUUUGCCAUCGCCCUUCGACAACUUCCCACUAUUCUAGCCGACAACGCUGGUCUUGACUCUGGUGACCUUGUCGCCAGGCUGCGCAAGGCUCUUUACGACGGUCUUACAACUUAUGGUCUCGAUUUGAUGACACCUGGUGGUGGAAUCACUGAUAUGCGGGAUCUGGGUGUUAUUGAGAGCUACAAGCUCAAGAAGGCUGUCGUUUCUUCGGCCAGCGAGGCCGCAGAGCUUCUUCUCCGAGUAGAUGAUAUCAUCCGAGCAGCUCCCCGUCGACGAGAGCGUAUGUAA